CCCAAACCCCUUUUACAAACAAAACAAAGCACUUACACAAAAAUCUUAGCUCAAAUUUCAUUCACUUUCGAUCGAACCAUCACAAACCUCAAAAAGGAGAAUUGAUUCUUCCAAAGUGUUCUUAAUUCUCUUUCCCAUAUAUAUAUGCAUAUAUACAUGUAGUUCUCCAUAGCUGCGAUCGGUUUGAGCAAGAUGGCCAAUCCAAAUAAUGUUGAGCUGGAGGCAGCAAAGUUUCUGCAUAAGCUUAUUCAAGAGUCUAAAGAUGAGCCGACAAAAUUGGCUACAAAGCUUUAUGUGAUUUUACAACAUAUGAGAUCCAGUGGGAAGGAGAACUCAAUGCCCUAUCAAGUAAUAUCAAGGGCCAUGGAGACUGUUGUCAAGCAACAUGGUCUUGACAUCGAGGCUUUAAUGUCCUCGCGUCUUCCUAUGUCUGCGGGAGCACAAGUAGGAGAAGCUGCCUCAUCACAAGUAGCUGGAUCUUCACAGAGGGCUGGGGUCUCUAGAGACUCUAAAGAAAAUUUGCUGGCAAAUGAGAUGGUUAAACCAGAUGCAUAUGCUUCAAGCAGUGCAGUUAGCGGUCCAAGCGGCACCGGACAUGGUAUUUAUCAAGCAUCUGGACCCCACAUAAGUGGUACAGGUGUCAAAGUUCCUGUAAUGGCACCUUCUGCUUCUAAUUCCUCUCAGCCAGUAGAACCAGGAAUUUCAAGUUCAAUGCAGUUUGGAAGUCCUUCAAUUGAUAAUCAUGGUUAUGCAUCAAAAUUGCUCAAAGAUGGAAGCACAGAACCUUUCUCUGGGUCUACCUCGGUUGAUCUUGUUGCUGGCAGAACUGCAGCAGGAAGAACACUAGAGCAUGAAGGAGGAUCUAGUAUGUUAGGAAAUGCAAGCAAGAUCAAUCAGGGGGGCAUGCCUAAAAAUAUCCCAGAGAAGAGUAUACUUGGAAGUGAAACAAUGAGAGAUGCAGGGAAGUUUCCUGUUGCGGCUCAGGCUCCAGUAUCGGCCAUGCCUUUCAAAGAACAUCAUUUGAAACAGCUUAGAGCACAAUGUCUUGUGUUUUUGGCUUUUAGGAAUGGUUUAAUGCCAAAGAAGCUUCAUCUUGAAAUUGCACUUGGAAACUUCUAUCCUAAAGAAGAUCGCAGAGAAUUGGUUGACCAUAAAGGAAGGGAGCAACUGGGUACUGACCAAGGCAGUGCAUCUGAAGUCACACGAACAUUUGGAGGAGCUGGCGAAACUGACAGGCUUUCUUCUGGCCCUACGCCUUCUGGAAUUCUUGCUGAUACAAAUAAGUUAAUGGAGGCUCAGAAUGCAAACUUGAUGGAAGAUAAAAGUGGUCAGCUUGAUCCUUGUGAGCAUGCCGACGAAAGGAGGUCUCAAAGAAAGAUCAGAAUGAUUCAGGAUGCUGAAGUGCCCAUCCAGGAUGCUAAAGAAUCACAGGCAUCUGCUCUUAGAGGAGUUCCGACUGAUUCGAAAUCCUUACCUCCCUAUAAUCAUGAGCAUGCUCCUGCAAACAUUGGACAACUUGGAAUGUUUCCCCAAGCUUCCUCUGUUAUGGGCACAAGCAAGCAAUUGAAGCCUGAUCUGAGUGGUUGGAGUGGAGCUGAGGCUUCAAAGGUAUCACCACCUGCCUCUGCCAAUACCCAUGAAUCUGGUCCGCUAAUGAAAGAUAAUCAUGCUGGUCAAUUUCAAAAUCUUGCUGAUAGCAAUGCUCAAGGAAAUCGACAUGCUAAUAGUAACUUGCCUAGUUUACCCUUGAGGCAACAGUGGAAAUCUGUUCCUGGAGUAAUUAAUCAGAGUCCUGCAACAAUGCAAGUGAAGGAUUCAAAUAUACUGCUGAAAAAUCUGUCACAAGUGCAAGAAACAGAUCAAGAAGAUGAAAAUAUUUCAGCACCCACGGAUAGGUUACCAUCUCCAAGGCAUACAAUGAUGGAGAAAUGGAUUUUGGAUCGACAAAAAAGGAAACUUAUUAGUGAACAGAAUUGGUCGGAAAAACAGCAAAAAACGGAAGAAAGAAUUGCUGCUUGUGCGGAGAAGUUGAAGGAAUCUGUGAGCUCCUCUGAGGAUAUCUCUGCAAAAACAAAAAGUGUCAUUGAGCUGAAAAAACUUCAAUUGCUGGAGCUGCAGCGUCGUCUACGGAGUGUAAUUCUCACUGAUUUUUUCAAGCCAAUAGCAACUGACAUGGAGCGGUUAAAAUCAAUCAAGAAGCACAGAAUUGGGAGGAAAUCAAAGCAACUUGAAAGAUAUGAACAAAAAAUGAAGGAAGAGCGUCAAAAGAGAAUUCGUGAGAGACAGAAGGAGUUUUUCAGUGAGAUUGAAGUUCAUAGGGAAAGAUUGGAAGAUGUAUUCAAAAUGAAGAGAGAACGUUGGAAAGGUUUCAAUAAGUAUGUGAAAGAGUUCCAUAAAAGGAAGGAACGGAUACAUCGUGAGAAAAUUGACAGGAUCCAGCGUGAGAAGAUUAAUUUACUGAAAAUCAAUGAUGUUGAGGGAUACCUUAGAAUGGUUCAGGACGCAAAGUCAGAUCGUGUUAACAAACUACUAAAAGAGACGGAAAAGUACCUCCAAAAGCUUGGAUCCAAAUUAAAGGAGGCUAAGUCAAUUGCAAGAAAAUUUGAGACCGACAUGAGUGACAAUAGAACCUCAGGUGCGGUUGAGGAGGAUGAAGUUGACUUUGGUGAUGAGGAUGAAACAGACCAGGCUAAGCAUUACUUGGAAAGCAAUGAAAAAUACUAUACGAUGGCACACAGUAUAAAGGAGACCGUCGCAGAGCAACCUCGUUCUCUCAAAGGUGGAAAACUACGGGAGUACCAAAUGAAUGGAUUGCGAUGGUUGGUUUCACUCUACAAUAACCAUUUGAAUGGAAUUUUAGCUGAUGAAAUGGGACUCGGUAAAACUGUUCAGGUUAUAUCCCUAAUGUGUUACCUGAUGGAAACCAAAAAUGACAGAGGACCUUUUCUGGUGGUAGUGCCAUCCUCUGUCCUACCUGGAUGGGAGUCCGAGAUAAAUUUUUGGGCACCAGAUAUGCUCAAAAUAGUUUAUUCUGGACCACCAGAAGAGCGGAGGAAGCUUUUCAAGGAAAGAAUUGUUCAUCAAAAGUUCAAUGUUCUUUUGACGACAUAUGAGUAUUUGAUGAACAAACAUGACAGACCAAAACUAAGUAAAGUUCAUUGGCACUAUAUCAUAAUUGAUGAAGGGCAUCGCAUAAAAAAUGCUUCUUGCAAGUUGAAUGCUGAUCUGAAGCACUAUCGCAGUAAUCAUAGGUUGCUGUUGACGGGAACUCCUCUUCAGAACAAUCUUGAGGAACUCUGGGCACUACUUAACUUCCUUUUGCCAAAUAUCUUCAAUUCAUCGGAAGACUUCUCACAAUGGUUUAACAAACCAUUUGAGAGUGGUGACAACUCACCUGAUGAAGCUUUGCUCUCAGAGGAGGAAAAUCUUUUGAUCAUAAACCGUCUGCACCAAGUUCUGCGUCCGUUUGUACUUAGGAGAUUGAAACACAAGGUUGAGAAUGAAUUGCCUGAAAAGAUUGAAAGACUUGUUAGAUGUGAAGCUUCUUCAUAUCAAAAGCUUUUGAUGAAGCGAGUGGAAGACAACCUUGGUGCAUUCGGAAAUAUAAAGGCUCGCUCAGUCCACAAUUCUGUAAUGGAGCUACGCAACAUUUGCAAUCAUCCGUAUCUUAGCCAGCUUCAUGUGGAGGAGGUUCAUGAGUUAAUUCCUAAGCAUUAUCUGCCGACUGUUGUGAGACUUUGUGGGAAGCUUGAGAUGUUAGACAGACUACUGCCCAAACUUAAGGCAACAGAUCAUCGGGUCUUGCUUUUUUCAACAAUGACCAGGCUGCUUGACGUAAUGGAGGAUUAUCUCUGCUGGAAGCAAUAUAAGUACCUUCGCUUGGAUGGACAUACGUCUGGGGGAGACAGAGGCCCCCUUAUUGAUAAAUUCAAUCAGCCUGACUCUCCCUUCUUUAUAUUUCUGUUGAGUAUUCGUGCUGGGGGUGUUGGAGUAAAUCUUCAAGCUGCUGAUACAGUUAUAAUUUUUGACACGGAUUGGAAUCCCCAGGUUGAUCUCCAAGCACAGGCAAGGGCUCAUAGGAUAGGUCAAAAGAAAGAUGUUCUUGUUCUUCGAUUAGAAACGGUCCAAACUGUUGAGGAACAAGUUAGAGCUGCUGCUGAGCACAAACUUGGAGUUGCUAACCAAAGCAUUACUGCUGGAUUCUUUGAUAACAACACAAGUGCGGAAGACCGAAGGGAGUACUUGGAGUCCCUCUUGCGUGAAAGCAAAAAAGAGGAAGCUGCACCUGUUCUUGAUGAUGAUUCUUUGAAUGAUCUUAUAGCGCGAAGUGAGCCAGAGAUUGAAAUAUUUGAAUCUGUUGAUAGGAGAAGGCGUGAAGAAGAGAUGGAAAUCUGGAAGAAGUUAUGUUCAGAAAGUGGAACACAAAGUUCAGAGCUCAUUCCUCCUUUGCCCUCUCGGCUUCUUACUGAUGAAGACUUGAAACCAUUCUAUGAAGCAAUGAAAAUAUCUGAUAAGCCAGUUGUGGCUCCUAACCCUGGGUUAAAACGGAAGGGUGGGAGUCUUGGGGGUCUUGAUAUCCAACAUUAUGGACGUGGAAAAAGAGCAAGAGAGGUUCGCUCAUAUGAAGAGCAAUGGACGGAAGAAGAAUUUGAGAAAAUGUGCCUUUCUGAGUCUCCUCAAUCACCUAAUCUAAGGGAAGAAAUUCAGGAAAAGAAUUUUGCUCCAGUCUCUGGCACUUGUCCUGCCCAUGUUGUUGCCAUUAGUGAAAUACAAACACCAGCACCGUAUCAACCUCCUCCCCACCAGCCUGUGCAGGAACUUCCUCAACAGCCUGUGCAAGAACUUCCCCAACAACUUGUUGGGCCCAUAGUUCAACAAAGCCCUGUGACUGUGACACCGCCAUCUAAACGGGGCCGGGGAAGGCCAAGGAGGACAGCGAUAGUGACUGAAAUCUCACCAUCCCCUGUCGUUAUUUCAGCAAUUGGAGCUAGUGUAAAGGUGGAUAGCAAUACCAUUGCAGAAAAUACUUCUACCAGUCAGGCAACUUCUGUGCCUGUUUCUGUGUCCAUUCCUUGUGCUUCUUCCGUAGAAAGUACCAGCGCAACCAUCCUACAGAAUGUUACUGGUGUUGCUCCUGGCUAUCAGUCAAUUGUUACUUCUGUUGCUUCUCAGUCUAGUCCUCCUUGCCCUCCUACAAGUGGGCAGGGUAGGGGACGAGGGAGAGGUCGAGGUCGAGGUCGAGGUCGAAAGCCUCAAAUUGGAGGAGAAGCUCCAGGGCGUAGAGGGAAACGACAGAACGUUACAGCAGAGGCUUUUCCCACCCCUCCAACUCAAGCAAUAAGUGAGCCUGUCUCUGCAGCACAAGGUGUGAAUGUUAUGAAUUCUUCUAGUCACCAUGUGCCCCCAACGCCUCCUGCAAUGGGUAAGCCUGAUCUGGUGCAGCAGGUAGUGGCAGGUCUGGAUUCUAAAAACCUUGGUCAUGCUCCUGCUUCCGUGAAUUCUGUUGUGCCCCUUGCAUCAUCUUCCACGAGCAAAGAAUUAAGCCCUGUUUUGACUAUUCCUGUUAUUCCAUCAUCUUGCGCCAGCCAGGACCCUUGUACAAUUUCACCUGCACCUGUCCUUCAAUCAUCCUCAAGAAACCAUUCUGAAGACCAUCUUUCCCUCUCUACUGCCCAGACUGAAGCUACUCUGCAGGCAAACACAAUUUCAAUAGUGCCUCAUAGUUCAUCUUCAGCUGGCAAGGAACCAAGUUCCGUGUCACCUGCCCCUCUUCAUUCAUCAAAUUCCAAGGACUCCAAUUCAGUUUUACCUGCUCCUGUUCCUGCAUCAUCUUCGGCUUUCGUGGAACCAAGUUCAGUUUGCCCUGUUCCUGCUGUUGCAUCCUCCUCUUCCAGCAUAGGUCCAAAUUCGUCUGCACUUGCUCCUCUUCUUUUAGCAUCUAAUGCAACAGGCAAAUUAGAUUCUGGGUCAGAUAGGGGGACAUUUUCUUGCUCUUCUGCUAUUUCAGGUCAUGAUUCUGUAUGUGAUUCUUCUAACUUGAAGAACAUUGUUCAGCCUGAAUCUGGUGUAGUAACUGCUCAUACUUCUGAUCCAGUGCCACCAGUGCCUGCGAUUUCGUCAGUUCCACAGUACAGCACUCCUCCCACUGCACCUAAGCCAGGUCGAGGUCGAGGACGCAAGCCUCAAACUGGAAGUGAGGCAUCACGACGCAGGGGGAAGAGACAGGAUUUGGUUGCUGCAGCUGUUAUUGAGGGGUUAGGUGCUCAGGAUCCAAGUUUAACUGAACCCCCACAAAAGAGAACCAGGUUAGCCGUUGGGAGGAAGCCCACUACAAGAAGCAAGCGUGAGAAUGAAACUCAACAAGUAGUAGACCAGUCGGUUGCAUCUCAAAAGACUCCAGAUUUUGCUGGUGGACAAAUCCCUAAAGAUAUGGUUUUUAGUGAAAUUAAUCCACAGAACAAUGCUAUCAACAGAGAUGUGUCUCAAUCCGAUGCUAUUCUGGUUCCUGGUCAGGUGGGUGAUAAUGUAAACAGUGACAUUGCUACUACUGAAGAGGUUCUCGAUGAUGCUCAGCAGAAGGCAACUGCGGUCCAAUCUGUUGCAUCUCAAAGUUGCCCUGGUCCUCAUGUUGAGCCACAGAUUAACACGGUCAACUCUGAGGAUUCUCCUGCCCAGGAAGUGCAGGAACAAACAGCUAUUGUCCAGUCAGAUGCAUCUCAAAAGAUUGUAGAUCCUGGUCAGCGGAAGGCGACUGUGGUCCAAUCUGUUGCAUCUCCAAGUUGCUCUGGUCCUAAUGUUGAGCCACAGAUUAACACGGUCAACUCUGAGGAUUCUUCUGCCCAGGAAGUGCAGGAACAAACAGCUAUUGUCCAGUCAGAUGCAUCUCAAAAAAUUGUAGAUCCUGGUCAGCGGAAGGCGACUGUGGUCCAAUCUGUUGCACCUCGAAGUUGCUCUGGUCCUCAUGUUGAGCCACAGAUUAACACGGUCAUCUCUGAGGAUUCUCCUGCCCAGGAAGUGCAGGAACAAACAGCUAUUGUCCAGUCAGAUGCAUCUCAAAAGAUCGUAGAUCCUGUCGCAGGACAAAUCCCUCAAGCUAUGGCGUGUUGUGAAGUUGAGCUACAUAGCAAUUCUAUCAAAUCUGUCGCAUCAAAAUCCAGUGGUGAUGUUGCUAGCUGUGAAGCUGCUACAACAAAGGAAGUUCUCAGUGAGGAUCAACAAACAAUGAAGGUUCAGUCAGCUGCAUCUCAGACGCCUUCAGUUCACUCUGUUGGGAAAAUGCCUGAAGAUAUAGUGAGUAAUGAAGUGCAGCCACAGUGUGGUGCUAUCCGAACAGAUGCAUCUCAAUCCCAUAUUACUCAUGCCUCUUCAGGAUCAAUGGUUCCGGUUAGUGAUUGUCUGGUGGAAAAGAGUGAGGGUGAUUCUAAGGGUGAAGAUGUUGAAAAGACUGAAACUAAUUCUGAAGAUGGGUCAAACAUGGAAGUUCCUAUUGGAGCGUUGGAGCUUACAUCAUCUGGCAGUCUGAACAAGAGUGGAGACGCAGAAGGGCAAUCUAGCAGCGCUUUGAAUGGGGUCCUUCCAACAAAUUCUGAGGUAGUUCCCUGUCCAAGCGUAAAGGCAGAGGUAUAUCUGGGUUCAGAAGGCUCCGGGAAAGUAGGUUGUAAUUUGGGAUCAACUCAAAGCCUGUCUGAGAGUGUAGCUGCAAAAACUGAUGUUGAACAGUUACAGACUGCGGAUCUUUCUCUGGAUAAAUCAUGUGUUUUUAAAACUGAGGCAGCCAGCAUUGAGCAUCUUGCUGGUGGCAGACUCAGAAAAGAACAAGAAACAGGAGACACCGUGGAGGAGGAGACUGUUGUUUCACCUGCUGUGGGUACUGACAAUCAGAAUGUGAAGGGAAUCACAUCCUUUGCUUCUCCAUCUACCGAGGCAGAAGCUUUAGUGGAUGAAUCUUCACUAUGCGGAUCUUAUAAACCAGCUAAGGACAAACUAGAAGUAGCAGCAGAAGGAACACAUUCUGAUAAAGUUGCAAUGGCCGAGGUUUGUGAACAAGAUAAGUUAUCAGUUAACAAGCCAUUGGAGAUAACUAAAGAUUUAAGUAGGGUGGAGAAAGAAAAAUAUUUGAUUCCAGAAACUUUUGAGAAGCAAGUUAAUGUUGCUGACUCCCUAGCAGAAAAAUGUGGAGGUGAUCUUGCAGCAGAGCGUCCAGAUAUGAAAGAUUCUGAUGUAAGUGAGGUUGCACCAAGCCCUAGAAAUGAGUCCCAAUCCAGUUUCACUGUUGGAACAUCUCAAAGUGAACCUGAACAACAAGCAAUUGCUGAAGCAAACUUGGACACAGGUAUUUCCAACACUUUUCCCAGCACAGAAUCUGGUGCUCGGAAGGAAUCCCUUUCACCUAGGCUUGCUUCAAAUGCUGAAGCUGUUGAGGCUCUAACAGAAACAUUUUCCAGCCGGCAUGACACAAAUUGUGUAGCUGAAUUACAGGGCAACUUGAGUUUGGAUGUAAAGGAUGAUCUUGCUAAUUCUGAAGCUAAUGUGUCUCAACUGUGUCCAGCUGCUGGGUCGUCUGAGAAUCUCCCAGAAAUAAAACAGGUUGUGGUGGAAGACAUGAGAACUAAAAUCUGUGAGGAGUCUGCUUCAGAUGAAGUUGAUGAUAUUAUACCAACUCAAACAGAGAAGGCUGGCGGUCAGUGUCGCGAUGAUUUGUCUGUUGAGACACAUGAGAGCAAAAGAUCUGAAGAUAAUGUUGAUGUUUUAAAUGGUGAAUUAAAUAGACCUCUAUCCAGCACAAUUGCUGGAACAUCUAAAGAGGUGGCAGAUCUGGAGUUAGUUACUGAGGAAAACACAGGGAGGAUAAAUGAUGGCUCAGUAGAUUCAGGUCAGGUGGCAGAAAAGUCCGAUGAUAUGGCAAUCCGGGAUCUUACUGUUGAAGGACAAGAGCGAAAGGGAACUGAUGCCGCCAGAGAUACUUCAACAUCAAAAAAUGAGGUGAAAUCACAAUCUUCGGUCGUAGAAAAUAUAGAAAAGACGUAUAACAAGUCAGUAGGGUCAGGUGAGGUAACAGCUGCUGAACCUCUGAUAGAAAAGGCUGAGAACACGCAUGUCCUAGACCUUGCCAUUGAAGUACAGGGGAACAAAGGAUUUGAUGCCACUAAAGAUGUUUCAAAAUCAAAUUCUGAACUAAAUGAACCUCAACCUGGUGGAACAUCUCAAAUUGGGAUAGGGUUGCAGUUGAUUGCGGAUAAAAACUCAGAGACAAUGAAUAAGGUGGAUAUUUUACCUGAUGCUACAGCUGUUAAGCCCCAACCAAGUAUCUCUGAGAAUUUGAGCACUGGAGAUCCUGCACAUCAAGGACCAAAGAACCAACGAUCUGAUGCAACUGAAGACGUUUCAACUUUAAGUGUUGAACUUAAUGAAUCUCAACUGAAAGCAGCAGGUGGAACUUCUGAAGUAGUGGCGGAGUCUGAUUUGGUUUCCAAACAAAACAUGGAAAUUCAUGUGGAGGUUGCUACAGCGGAUGUUACAGUGGAGAACGCUGCAGUAGGGAAGUCUGAAAAUUUUCCGUCGAUAGAUAUUGCUGUUGAAGCAAAAGGGAAGAAAGAAUCUGAUGUAACAGGUGGAAUUUCCAAUUCUGAACUCAGUGAACCAAAAACCAGUCAAUCCGCAAUUGAAGUGGAAACACAUUUAACAUGUGAGGAGUCGGGAAUGAAUGACAAUGAGGUAGCUUCACUUGAAGUUGAAGUAGUUGAAACUCCGUUCAGGGAUUUGCCUUGUUGUUCUGGCAGAGACCUGGCAGUUGAAGGACAAGAAAAAGAGGAGUCUGCUGCAAGUAAAAGUGUUUCUGACCCCGAGAAUGAAGAGCCUAAAUGUAGUCCAGGUGCUAAAGCAGAAUCACAAUUGCUUGCUGAAAGGGACUCUGAGACAGUUCUGACGAAGGAGGUAAUUUCAGAUGUUUUUCCUGCUUCAGGCAAAGAAGAGAACUCCAGUAGCAAGCAGGCUGGAGAUGAAGAUGUGCGAACUGGAGCAGAGUGUGGUGAUCAAGCAUUGUCGUCUGCUACAGGGGCUGGUGAUGAUAAAACUGUGGACCACUGCAAUCAUUGAUGCUUGAUCUGGCAUUUCUCCUGUAUUUCAGGCAAGCAGUAGAAGGUGGAAUCAUGCAUCUUAUUUAAAAUGCACUUGUGAAGAGUUUACAUUUUGACAAUCUUGGGAGGGUAGGGACUUGUAUAACUAGCAAUAGUUCCUGAAGGAUCUUAAGUUCUUCAUCCGGAUCUCCCAGCGUAAGUUGUGCAUUAAUCUUUGUUGUCAACAAGAAGCUAAGUGUCUUUUCACCGUAUUAGAUGGUGGAUGAGCAGGAUUAGCGUGGCCUUAGCAUUAUGAAAAUCUGCAUCUUCAAAGCAGAUGGUUCAGGCAAUACUCUAGAUUUAUAUAGUAAGGAAACCGGUUGGGACACCUAAUUUGCUGUAAAUUAUAAUGUAGUUAUUAGCUCAUUCUCUCCCUCCCUCUUUACCUGGGUUGUAUGCACUAUAACCUUGUCUGAAAUCUCUGCAGCUGUAUCAAUAUUAUUUCCGCUCUAGUCAGAAGCUUCUCUCUCUC